AAACGCAAGCUGGCUUGGUAGAAUGUCCACCACGAAGCUUUCCCAACAGCUGCACCGUAUAGCGGCUCAAUGGCCAGGAGAUCCAUUUAGACCCCAUCUCCAGCUCAAAACACUCUUAGAGUCACUUGCUGACCAUCCUCAGCUAACCCCGCACGCUGUGCGAGCAGCAGAUGCCCUGUUGCAUAACCAGAUCCAGAAGAAGUACAAGCUGACUGAUAAGAUGUUGCGGCCAAAAUCCGUGCCCAAGCAUUACGAACGGCUUGUCGAAGGUGUUGAGAAGAGUGCUCGAGGUAUCGGCCGACCGUGGUGGAAAAUCUUCUUCAAUAUCUGGUAAACAUCUGUGGACACCGAGAAAGCUAUUGAUAUCAUACUGUUCCCUACAAUGUGUCCUUGUGAGCUUGCAGCUUGUAUGAUUGGAUCAUUAUCUUUAGAAAUGCCG